CUCAAUACCAUCUGAUCUCGAGUCGGAUUUCACCCCGGCGCUGCUACUUAGGUAGUGCAGUGCACUCUAAAGAGUCCUGACCUCCACUAAUCAACGCUUUCGAUCCUCCCGCUGUAAGCCGGAAUUAAACCUGUCACCAGCCGUCACUCCUGGCAUUCUGCGAAUGUCUACCCAGGAGAUAUCAAAGGAAAUCUUGUCCGUGUUCCCGGGCACCGAAGAGCCCAUCGUCCAGUACCUCUCUGGAUAUCUCGUGGAUGACGCUGGCGCAGAAGAGGAUGUUCUUCAAGUUGCCAAUGAUAUACUCGACUCGCUAGGGAUAGACCGUCCGAAGGACGUACAGAAGCUCAUGGCUAGACUCAGAGAGCUCCUCUCUGAACAACUUGCAGCACGGGCCAAGAACAGCACUCGUCCGAAGUUGAUGAAGCUGGAUAAAGUCGUGGACUUGAGUAAAGCCGGUGCUAUAUCCAAUACCAUCGCUCUCGGGGAAGGGGUUGUUGACCUCGAAAGCAUCAACAAGGCAAAGGCAUCCCGUGUCGAUGUCAAAAAACUCGAAAAACAAGAGGCCAAACUCAGGGCCAAAAUCGAGAAACGUGCGCGGAGGGAUCUCUAUGAGGGAUCUAAACUCCUUGACCAGCACCGCAAACAGCAAUCUUAUGAAGAGAUGUUCAUGAAGAUCAAUCCUAUUGAGGCUGCUGCGAGUGCGAAAAACAAAAGCAAAGACAUUCAUCUCACGAACAUCGACGUCAACUUUGGCUCAAAUCGUAUUCUGUCCGGUGCAACUCUUACCCUUGCCUAUGGUCGCCGUUAUGGCUUGGUUGGGCGCAACGGUGUUGGAAAAUCUACUCUCCUCAGACAUAUUGCUAUGCGUGAAGUGCCGAUUCCACCACACAUCACAAUUCUGUUCGUGGAACAAGAGAUCGUUGGCGAUGAUACCACAGCCUUGGAUUCUGUUCUCAAAGCGGACGUGUGGCGAGAUCAUCUACUCAAAGAAGAAGCAGCUCUAAAUGCCAAGCUCACAGAGCUUGAGAAAGAGGGGGAUGACAAGCGUGUAGAGGACGAAAAAGAAGAAGCUUCGUCGAGACUGGCAGAAGUCCAUGCACGGCUAAGUGACAUGGACGCAGAGAGCGGCCCUUCCCGAGCUGCUGCGCUACUUGCCGGUCUCGGUUUCAGUGAAGAAGACCAGUCGAAGCCGACGAAAUCAUUCAGUGGUGGUUGGCGUAUGCGUCUUGCGCUUGCUCGAGCUCUAUUCGUGAAGCCAGCACUGCUACUACUGGACGAGCCGUCAAAUCACAUUGAUCUAAAUGCGUUGGCGUGGUUGGAGGAUUACUUGCAGACAUGGCCCGGCACGUUACUCGUAGUGUCUCAUGACCGUGCUUUCUUAGAUGCGGUUGCCACGGACAUAGUCCAUCAACACUCAGGGAGACUAGAUUAUUAUAAAGGAAACUUUAUUCAAUUUUACUCUACUAAAUCGGAGCGAGACCGCAAUCUGCGGAAGGAAUACGAAAACCAAAUGGAAUAUCGCAAACACCUUCAGGCAUUCGUAGACAGAUGGAGAUACAACGCCAACCGAGCUGCACAAGCUCAAAUGAGGUUGAAGAUACUGGAAAAGCUGCCUGAUCUGGAACCACCAGAAGAAGAAGAGACCGAGAAAUUCAAAUUCCCAGAAACAGAAAAGAUAUCUCCACCCUUGCUUCAGCUUUCUGAAGUGACCUUCGGAUAUAAUCCAGAUAAACCUAUUUUGAGGAACGUCAACUUCGACGUUAGCUUGGAUUCAAGAAUAGCUAUCGUCGGAGCUAACGGUGCUGGAAAGUCUACGCUCAUCAAGCUCCUGACGUCGGAGUUGAAGCCUCUUAGUGGAGACUGCAAUAGAAAUGGCCGACUACGAAUAGGAUACUUCUCGCAACACCACGUUGACACACUCAACCCCACGAUGUCACCCGUCCAGUUUUUGGCUUCCAAGUUCCCCGGAAGGACAGAACAGGAGUAUCGGAGCCACCUGGGUAACUUCCAAAUUAGUGGAAUGACAGGUUUGCAGCUCAUCGGUACGCUUUCUGGUGGUCAGAAAUCGCGCGUAGCCUUUGCUGUCUUGUCACUACAAAAACCUCAUGUCUUGCUACUGGAUGAGCCUACUAACCAUCUCGAUAUCGAGGGUUUGGAUGCUCUGAUGACUGUGUUGAAUACCUGGAAUGGAGGAGUUAUUGUGAUCUCGCACGAUGAGCGAUUCAUUACCUCAGUGGCGAAGGAGCUAUGGGUUUGUGCCAAUGGAACCGUCUCGAAGUUCAUGGGUGAUGUGCAGAGCUACAAGAGUCUUAUUGUAAGCAAUGUGAAGGCACGUCCUUGAGGUUACCACGUACUUGUACUUCGUGUAGUGUACUGCAUACUUUGCACGUGAUUGUCGCGUCGACAGCGUCACGUGACGAAAACACGUCUUUGGCAUCCCGUGCCGAGUCGUGCACUGCUCAACCA